GCAGCCCCCAGCGACCCGGCGUUCUCCCUACUACUUUCGCUACCACGAGAACUACGAGACCGCAUCUAUACCUUCGCUCUCGUGUCACCAUACCCGUUCUGGUGGCCUGCUCCUUCUGCGCCGAAGCACGGUGUUGCGCUAGGACUGUUGACCGUCUCAAGACAGGUGCAUGAAGAGGCAGCGCCGCUACUCUAUUCCUUGAACAAGUUUCUGUUUACGCAUCCGUCCGAUUGCAACAUCUUCCGCGUCAUAUCCUCGCCGUUCUCCGAGAACAUAACGAGCGUCUACCUCCGAAUACGCGAAAAGGAUGUUAAAUUAUGGGCGACAUAUCUCGGCUCGAAGACGCAAGAACGCUCGAUGAAGGCAGAUCUACCGAAACUCAAGAGUUUGUGGAUAUUUCUCAGGUGCGGGACUAUGGGCACACCGAAUAUGAUAGGGCAACUGGGACAUAACAUACCGGGUUUGGCAGCACAAGUCCACGCUAUCAACGCGAUCGGAGGACAGAUGCACGUGCUGCAGCAGCAGAUACAGCAGCAGAUCCAGGCCUUGCAACAGCAGGUUUCGCUGGCUAUGGGACAGACCGCUGGACAGCCUACGCCGCACCAAAUAAUUGCCCCUCCACACUUCCCCGGCGCCCCGAAUAGCACUGGGAAUGGAAAUAAUGGCCUACCACCAGGCGGACCUAUGCCAUUUGUUCAAUUUGCUCAAAACGCAUGGCAACACAACCACCAUCCCGCACCACCGACACCGCACCCUCAUGGCCUCCAGAACAACCCACCGCCGAACCCCAGCCCGCUCGCUCAGCACAUGGCCCUCCAUACUCCAACUCCGCCACCACCCGUCCCACAACACCAGCACCCAUUACCGCACGUUCACCAUCCUCCACAUCCGCACCAACACACAUUCUACGCGUCCUUCCUACGGCUGGAGCGCGAAAUGGGCCUAGAGAACCUGUGCCUUUCACUUCAGGAGACGCGACCGGCGGAUGCGGAUGUCAAGAUUGUGUGUAUCUUGAAGCUGCCGAAAGCGGAGGUGCAGCGAUUGCUGAGCCUGUAUCCGGAUGAGCUGCAGGCGGAUCGGAAUGGGGACGCAAGGACCAGGUUUCGGAGAUUGCAUGGUGUGGAUGUGAGUUUGGAGGUUAGCGGGUAU